CUGUUUGUAGCACAAUGGCCUUUGGGUCUUUUUGGCGACUGGCUCUUCUGCUGGUGACAUGUGGAGCGCAGGAAAGCCUCCACUACGUCCCAGCCUGCGGCAGCUGUGGGACAGCAGAGACUGCAGCCGAAGAAGCUGCGAGGGAGCACAAGUCCCUGGCGGAGCAGGCGGACGCCGCCGCCUCAGCGGCCCGGGGCACGGCCAAGGCGCUGGGGCUUCCGGCGCAUGAACAGGCUCAGGAAGCCGGGAAGGCCGCCUUUGACGUCUAUCGCAAGGCGAAACGAUCCUUGGACGAUUGCAGCGUGGAAGCCGCCAAGGAAGCCGCGCGGUCGGCCAAGGCGAAUGGUUUGGACACGCCGACGCAGUUGAACGCUGGGGCCGUGACGGCUGCACUGUCGCUGGCGUCCAUAGGAAAGACGGGUCAGGAGCAAGCGGACGGGGCCUUCAAAGCGUCCAAGGUCCUCGUACGACAGCUGCUUCCCGGCAGCCAGCAGCAAGAAGCCUUGGAGGCAUUGAAUGGGCCUAUCAGCUACAUCACUGGUGUCCUGCCGACCGGGCAGUGGAAUCCGGGCCCUGGGUCCUUGGCCACGCCUGCGAGCCCUGAUCCGGUGGCUGCUAAUAUGGGCCCCGCUGUCGUGCCGGUAGAAGAGGUGGUGAUGAACAUCAACAGCAACUAUUCAGAGACCCAUCUGAAAGAGCGAGGUUUGGCCAACUGGGCCUGGUUUCUGAUCUCUUUCGUGGUGGCGCUGGUGCUCAUGAUUGGCUUCGCUGUCUGUUAUCGAAACAUGAGUGACAGUGAGGGAAAUUUUAUUGAUGAGGACGAGGAAGACGAUUUGGAGUGAUGGGCUGUUUUCGAGGGUCCAAGUUGGGGGAAAGCUGUUCUUUUG